AUGGAGUUUUAUUUGGAGAUUGACCCCGUUACCUUGAAUCUCAUCAUUCUGGUAUCUAGCUAUGUCAUUUUGCUUCUGGUUUUCCUGAUCUCCUGCGUGCUCUAUGACUGCAGAGGGAAGGAUCCCAGCAAGGAAUAUGCUCCUGAGGUCCCUGCAGACACCCAGCCCCCGAUCCGGCUGGUGGUGAUGCAGCAGGGCUCCCCUGGCACUCGCUGGGCAAAGGGGCUCAUCUCUGCCUACGAGAACCCUGCUGAUCUUCCUGGGAAAAGGACUACAGUGGUGUGA